AUGUCAAGCCAUCACAAAGACACUCCCCUCAUCACUUGUCGCCCUGUUCCUCUCACUUCGCACCAACAGUUUCAAGCCCAAAACUCAUUUGGAUGGUCACCUGUAGCUCUUAACUCGGUACCAAACCAAUUCGCUCAAAUGUCGCAAGUAUCUCCCUUAUUAGUUGUCACACCAAUGGACACUCCAAUGGUCGAAGAUGAUUCUGACGACAAAGAAAAUCCACAAUUUUUAGACAUGGGAGUCUUUGCUUUCGACGAGCAAAUGGAGCCACAAAAAACUGCUCAAAGAAAGGUGUCGCACACACUUUUACCGACUUCAAAGCAACAUUUGUUUUUCCAAAACUACCAAUACCAACAAAACAAAUUCAUGCAACCUUCUCUCCCUUCGACCUUCUUUCAACCACAAACACAACAACCACUCGCAAAUUCGUUGAACCAAUUCCAGAAUAUUCAAACGCAAAAUUUACAACCGUUUGUAAACACUCAACAACAACAAAACGUAUCUCAACCCUUCAUACCCCAAAACACUCAAUGCACAGAACCAAUUGCAACUCAACAAGACUUCGACUCAGACUCUUUCACUGAAAGUUCCGAAGAUAAUGAGAGUGAUCAAAACGACGAGGAACACCAAACGAUGCAAGAGGUACUUCAAAAAGUUGAAGAGCUUAAAAGGAUUGGUGAUGAGCGGAACAGGCUCUUGCACCAAAUGAUUGAAAAUCAGAAGUGA